ACGCAGGAAAGAUGCGAGGAAAUUACCAUUCCUAUGUGUCGAGGAAUCGGCUAUAAUUACACGUCGAUGCCGAACAAAUUUCAUCAUGAUACUCAAGAGGAAGCUGGACUAGAAGUUCAUCAGUUUUGGCCCUUAGUGGAGAUUCACUGUUCCGAUGAUCUGCUUUUCUUCUUGUGUUCUUUAUAUGCCCCCAUCUGCAUUGAAGAUUAUCAAGGUCAGUUACCUGCUUGCUAUUCUGUAUGUGAUAGAGCAAGAGCAGGAUGUGCUCCAAUUAUGCAUAAAUAUGGCUUUGUAUGGCCAGAGCGGAUGAAUUGCGAUGAUUUCCCAAAAUAUGGAGAUCAAGAGCACCUCUGCAUGGAUGCUAAAGAAGGAGCUAGCCCAGAAAACGGGGAAUAUAGUAACAACAAACAAGAGACAAAAACUGUUCGAAGGCCUCCAUCGUACAGAGGUCGAAAUUCUAAACCUAGAGAUCGACACGACUCAACAAAUCACGGAAUUAAUAUCGGGAGACCACCAGGGCAAGUUACACCUGUUGGUAUUGAUUCCGAAUGUGACUGUGAGUGUCGUUUUCCGAUGGUACCUCUAGUUGAUGCUGCCGAUAGAAAAUUGUACAACGGAGUAUCAACUGGUGGUGUGCCUAACUGUGCCAGACCCUGCAGAGGUACUUUUUUCAGCAAAGAUGAACAGACAUUUGCUUCUUUUUGGAUCGGUUUGUGGGCUAUACUUUGCUGUGCUUCCGCAAGUCUAACGGUGCUUACCUUCAUGAUAGAUCCUACUCGAUUCAGAUACCCCGAGCGUCCUAUUAUAUUUCUUUCUGGUUGCUACCUCAUGGUUUCAGUAGGAUAUCUUAUCCGACUUGGACUCGGGCACGAAGCAGUAGCAUGUGAUGGACCCAUUGUGCGAUAUCACACAACAGGACGCCCGCCUGCUUGCACAAUAGUCUUCCUUCUCGUGUAUUUCUUCGGGAUGGCAAGUUCUCUGUGGUGGGUCAUAUUGACUUUGACUUGGCUGCUGGCGGCCGGGUUAAAGUGGGGCAAUGAAGCAAUCGCGGGUUAUUCCCAGUACUUCCACUUAGCCGCUUGGCUAAUACCGACAGGAAAAUCCAUUGCAGUCUUGGCCAUGGGAGCAGUUGAUGGUGAUCCUGUGGCAGGAGUUUGUUCAGUGGGUAACCAAAAUGUCGACUACCUGCGGUGGUUUGUCAUCAUGCCCUUAUGUGGUUACUUGGUGCUAGGCACUUCAUUUCUGCUCGCUGGAUUUGUCUCGCUCUUCCGCAUCCGCAAAGUCAUCCGGCAGCAAGCGCGGGCCAAGGCGGAUAAGCUGGAGAAGCUGAUGAUCCGAAUCGGUGUCUUCUCCGUCCUCUACACCGUGCCCGCCACAAUAGUCAUUGGAUGCCACUUCUACGAGCAGCACUUCCGCGAUCGCUGGGACCGUCGCCACAACUGCCCUUGUGACACAGAAGCGAUUGCUUUCCGGCCGGACUAUUCGGUUUUCAUGCUCAAAUAUUUCAUGUGUCUUGUCGUAGGCAUCACAUCCGGCUUCUGGAUCACUUCAGUCAAGACUCUGGAAUCUUGGCGGCGGAGGUUAUGCCGACGCCGCAACAGGGGUGGUCCUGGAUCCGUUUCUCAACGGACCGGUACUCCAGGGUGCCCCGAGACCCUAUAUGGGCCAAGAACGUUCAAGCCGCUAAGUCCGGCAAGCCAUGUAGGACAUGUGCCCUCAAGUUGCAAACAAGUACCUUUGUCGCACGUGUAAAAAAAUGAACUGUCCUUCAAGUUUCAUAGCUGUCUCCAUCUGAUCUCACCAUUGAAAUUUUCCUCACAUCAAUUUAAAAGGAAUCAUACAUCUUUUAAAUGUGUGUGUAAACUGGACAAGAUGCUUAACUAAACGCCUUAAUGUAAGUGUUGUACAUUCUUCAUUGUACUUAUGAAAAGGACGUUUUUUCAAAACGGAUACUGAAAUGACGGAGACAAGCAUUUAUGAGAUAUCAAACUAUAGAAGGUAAACUUUUG